GAAGUUGAAGAGCCGCUCGCUCGAGUGUCUGUCGGUGAGUCAGAAGAAGAAGAACAAGAUGAAGACGUGGUCGUUCCCUCUCCUCCUGCUGUCGGUCGUCUCUGCCCAAGACGCCUCUUGGCCAACCAUUCGACUGAACUCGCAGCCCGUGCAGAACCAGUCCGAGGCGACUCUGACGGCAGGCUCGCCUUUCAGCCUCAGCUGCCGCGGCAACGCGUCGUUGCGCUGGUCCAGCACGGCGUUCCGCUCGCCGUCGUUGUCGCGCGGCGGCGAGCUGAAGGUCUGGCACGCCCGACCGAGACACACGGGGACGUAUCGCUGCGCGUACGCCGACCGCAGCCUCGAACGCCUUCACGCCUCGGUGCACGUCUACGUCCGAGAUCCGUCGUCGCCCUCCGACGUCUUCGUCACGCCUCACUUCACGCCCGACGUCAGGGAGGGCGACGACUUCCUGUUCCGCUGUCUGCUCACCGACCCGUCGGUCACCAACCUAACCCUCCGAGUGAAGGAGGAGGGGCCCGGGGGGGGGCGGGAGCGGGAGCGGGACCUGCCCCCGGGCAUGAAGGUGAGCGCGGAUCCCCGCGCGGGAGUCCUCAUUCGCAAAGUGGACAGGAAGUUCAACGGACGCUACGUCUGCGCCGCCUGGAACAGCAACAACACGCGCGUGACGUCCAACACGCUGCACCUCAUCGUCACGCCGAGACAGCGUCAUCCUCCCGAGGUGUCACUGAAUCAGAGUGAGUUUUUCCGCGUGGUGGGAGAAACCUUUGCGGUGACGUGCGUGACGAGUAACCCCUCCCUCAUCUACGGCGUCUCCUGGACAUCCCCCAGCAGAGUCGAGGGCGCAAUCACGACACAGUCCCGUCACUACGUCGGCAACCGCUUUUACAUCAACAACACGCUGACCCUCGACGCCGUCGGUCGACAGCAGAGCGGACGCUACACGUGUACGGCGAGCAACGAGGCCGGCAACGCCACGGCGACGGCCAGGCUCCGCGUCUUAGGCGCUCCCUUCCUGACCGCCUUCCUGGAGGUGCGCACGAUCGCCCCGAGCGGCGCGGAGCCGUUCGGACGACCGCGUGGCAACGCGAGCGACGACCCGGUGACGAGCGAGCGGGAAGUGCUCGCUAACUUGAGCGCGGACGCGACGGCGGCGCGGCGGCUCAACGGCAGCCGCACGCUGGACGUGCUGGAAGGCGGCGACGUCACGUUGACCGUCACGGUGGAAGCGUACCCGCCGCUCACCGGCCUCGAAUGGAGCUCGCCGACGCUCGCGAACGGCAGCGCGGCGCACACGCUGAGCUACGCGGCCGACGGCUACAGGUCCCGAGCCAGCCUGCGGCUGCGUCGCGUGCGUGACGAGGAGAAAGGUCUCUACGCUCUCCGCUACGUUAACGCCGUCGUGAGCGGCUCCUUCAACUUUGACCUGCGCGUUCUUCGCGCUCCUCGGGGCGUCAUCACAAUGGAGAACGACACCCUGACCUGCAGCGGUUCCGGUUUCCCGCCGCCCGCCCUCUUGUGGUCGCAAUGCAGCGGUUUGGUGGAAACGUGCGGCGAUGUUGCGGCCGACGGCCCCGAGGACGUCGCCGCGCAGGAGGGGGAGGAGCCGAAGAAACACCUGGCCCUCCCGCAGGCGCUGGAUGAUGACAUCACCAUCGAGUGCGUGUCCACCAAUAGCGUGGGACGCUCGCGAGACGUCUUCUUCCUGCCUUCCGCGGGUUCCGGUGGGCGGAGCGUGCCGGCAACGCCCCUGGCGCUGGCCUCGGCGGCUGCGGCCCUAUUCCUCCUGAUCAUUGUCAUCCUGGUGUGGAGGAUCAGACGGCAACCCAAGUACGAGAUCCGGUGGAAGAUCGUGGAGAGUUGCUCCGGCAACAACUACACCUUUGUGGACCCGAGCCUCCUGCCUUACAACAACCUCAAGUGGGAGUUUCCCCGAGACAAGCUGCGCCUGGGGGGCGUGUUGGGGUCAGGGGCCUUCGGGAAGGUGGUGGAGGCCACGGCCUACGGCCUCGGCAGCCAGGAUGAAACGCGCGUCGCCGUGAAGAUGCUCAAACCGAGCGCUCACUCCGAGGAGCGAGAGGCGCUGAUGUGCGAGCUGAAGAUUCUCAGCCAUCUCGGUUACCACGACAACAUCGUCAACCUGCUGGGAGCCUGCACCCAAGGAGGGCCCGUGCUGAUGAUCACCGAGUACUGUUUCCACGGCGACCUGCUCCACUUCCUGCGCGUGCACGCGCGCCACUUUGUGGCGGACGUGAUGAGUCUGGAGCCGCCCGAGCGCGACGCCAAAUACUCCAACGUCAGACUCAGGAGUGACAGCGGGAUCUCAUGCUGUUCCCAAUAUCAGGAAAUGCAAUCAAUGCUUUCCCACUCAGGUGUCGAGCAAAGUGCAUGUUUGUGCGUUAGUGACCUGAUGAGGUUUUCAUACCAUGUGGCUCAGGGUUUGGACUUCCUGUCGACACGAAAUUGUAUCCACAGAGACGUGGCGGCGAGGAACGUGUUGCUGACCGACCGCCAUGUUGCCAAAAUCUGCGACUUUGGUUUGGCGCGAGACAUCCGCAACGACGACAGCUACAUCGUGCAAGGAAACGCGCGUCUGCCGGUGAAGUGGAUGUCCCCCGAGAGCAUUUUCCAGUGCGUGUACACGGUGCAGAGCGACGUUUGGUCUUACGGCGUCCUGCUGUGGGAAAUCUUCUCCCUCGGGAAGAGUCCUUACCCCAACAUCGCCGUGGAUACCAAAUUCUACAAGAUGAUCAAAGACGGCUGCCACAUGGAUCGGCCCGACUUUGCCCCGCCGCAAAUCUACCGGCUGAUGACAUCGUGCUGGAGUUUGGAGCCGACCGAGCGGCCGACGUUCAAGAUGAUUGGUCGGCUGAUGGAAAGGCUCCUCCCCUGUGCCAAUAAGGCGGGUCAGAGUGAGCAGCCGACGUACAAAAACAUCGACGAGCGAGGGGAAGAUGAAGAGACCGAAGAAGUGGACGGUGACGAUCCCUUGAAGGGGGAGGAGCAAGAGGGGGCCGCUGAAGACGAAGAGUCGAUAAAGAUGACGAAGCUGACGAAGAACAUCUACCAGCUGUCCUGAUGCUCUCGCCCAAUCAGCUCUGAUGAACCUUUCUGUCCUUGUCAUCGAUGACCACACGCUUUACAGCAGUCGGCGCUACGCCGAUAAAAAAA